GGGGGGGGGGAAGUUGAGUCCUCUUUUCCUUGAAGGUGAUUUUUUUUUCACUAACAGUCUAAAGACCUACAGAUAGAUUCAAUAUUCAAGGCUUUAUUGUCAUGUGCACAGUAACUACAGUGUAGAUAUGGCAAUGAAACACUUAAGUCCCAGGCUCCUUAAUGCAUCGUGAAUAUAAGACAUAAAACAAAUAAAAACAACAAAAAUAGUGAAAAAUACUUCAUUGGCUAUCAUAAGAUAAAGAAAAGCUGCAAGUCGCCACAUUUAAAAGGUUGCAACCAGCUAAUGUUUGGCUUAUUUUGCUCAAUUUAUUGAUUCUUGACUUGUAGCCUUGUUGGAAUGUGAGUUUAAAGGUAAAAUAGCCUGUCCUCCUUGACCCACUGAGCAACUAAAUCUGUUGAUGUUACAUCAGCUCAAACCAGGUCUGUCUGGAUUGAAAACCAACAUGAACCAGUUUUUGAUCAACGGACAAGAGAAAUGCAUGUUUCGAUUGCUGAGUAACGUCCUAUAGAGUUAACGCAGGUCUUCCAAAGAUUUGAACUUUUUCAUGCAUUGAGUCAGGCCUGCUUUUAAACCUUCAAGAUGGCUUUGAGCUCAUUUGACAUUGACGCACCGCGAUGGGACCAGUCUACGUUUAUGGGCCGAUUGAAACACUUCUUCAACAUCACAGACUGGAGAACAGUGACCUUACCUGACUCGCGCCUAGAUGAUGCCAAAGCUUUAGUAGAAAGCUGCAGGGCAGGAUCUGUCCCCCCCGGCACCACAGAGGAGCAGCUCCACUACGCCAAGAAGCUGUACGACUCGGCCUUCCACCCGGACACCGGAGACCGCAUGAACCUCAUUGGCCGCAUGUCCUUCCAGGUCCCUGGAGGCAUGGCCAUCACUGGCUUCAUGCUGCAGUUCUACAGGACAGUUCCUGCUGUGGUGUUCUGGCAGUGGGUGAAUCAGUCCUUCAACGCUCUGGUCAACUACACAAACCGUAAUGCUGCCUCCCCCAUCACUCCCAAGCAGAUUGGAGUAGCCUACUUCACAGCAACCAGCACAGCGUUAGCAACAGCAGUCGGACUCAACCUUUACACAAAGAAAGCUCCUCCCCUCGUGGCUCGCUGGGUUCCCUUUGCCGCAGUGGCUUCGGCCAACUGUGUGAACAUUCCUAUGAUGAGGCAACAGGAAAUUCUGAAUGGCAUUGCUGUCACAGAUGAAAAUGGCAACAAUCUGGGUCACUCUAAGAAAGCCGCAGUAAAAGGCAUCACUCAGGUGGUCGUCUCUCGGAUCACCAUGGCUGCACCAGGAAUGAUUAUCCUCCCCAUCAUCAUGCAAAGGAUGGAAAAAUAUAAGUUCAUGCAGAGAAUCACAUAUCUCCAUGGACCAAUUCAAGUGAUGUUGGUGGGAGCAUUUUUGGUCUUCAUGGUGCCUGCCGCCUGCUCGCUGUUCCCUCAAAGAUGCUCUAUGGCCGUGUCGAAGCUGGAACCUGAGUUGAGAGACUCCAUCGUGUCUCAAUACGGAGAAGCUGUUAAACAUGUGUACUUCAACAAAGGCCUCUGAGGGUUUGAUUAGCAUCAUUAACUCGCUACAAAUGAACGAUUACAUAUGUGUUUAUGUAUUCAUUUCCCAAUUAUUAGUAAUAUUGAAAGGCUCAUAUCCAUAAAUCAUCACAUUGGUGCUUAUUGGUGGGAUGUUUAUGAAAAAUCAUGCCACCUAUUAAACAGUUUCUUUAUCUUUUGUUCAAAUAAUUUCUGUCUCUUACAAUAAAUAGAUGCUAGGGGCACUGUUUACUUCUAUCGAGAAACCAAAUGAUCUCCUCUCUGUCACAUUAAAACUGUUAGUUUGUCCUUCAUCUCUCAACUGUAGCUGUUGGUGUCUUGUGUCUCAAUGUUUUCUUACAAUCUGUGCCUUCUUCAAAGCUGUAGGAGCAACAACACUGCUGGAUUUAUUUGUUGUUUAAAACAAUUUGGGCUGUACUAUGAAACCACAAAAAUACUUCUAUGCAUGGAUUAAGACUCUGAAAAUAAGUUUGGUGUGAUAAAAGGGGAGGACACUGCCAUCUUCUGACAGAAUGGAGGUAGAGGUGUGACCUGUUUGCCUGAUCAUGUUGCUUUUUGUGCCACAAUCCUCAGAAUAAAAUGUAAUAAAACCCCACAAUAAUUUGAA